UCGAUAGUCCAUAUUCAGAUAGAGCGGGUGAAAGAUGGUUCCGCUCGCAGUUUUGUUUUAUUUUAUCCUUAAACUUAAUAUAAUUUAAUUAAAGUGGAUGGCGGCUUUUACCAAGUGCCGCGUGUGCACUUGUGCAUUGGAUGCAACCGUUGGCAGCUACGACAUGCUGCAUUUGCCAAUGCUAGCACAGAAGUUUACCGCUUGCACCAAUUUGUGCGUCGCAGAGGAUGACAGUGAUCAAGUGCCAAGUGAACUUUGCCAGACGUGCUACGAUCAAUUGGAGCAGCUAUACGACUUUCGUGCAAAGUGCAUUGCGGCCGACACAAAUUGGCGUAUGCAGCAGACUGCUUUGGUCCUUGAUGAUGGCGAAGCGGAUGGCUAUGAAGUGUUGGAGGUAAGUGCAGGUUCAAGUCAAAUAGAAGAGAUUUCAAUCAUUAGCAAGGAGUCCAACUGUGAUAUGGAUGAAAUAAUUGAGCAACAAAUUGAAACAUUGGAAGCGGAACCCGAAGAUGAAGAGGCCACGGAGGAGGAGCAGCUUGUAACGAACAUCUUCAAGUGUGACAGCUGUGCUGCGCAGUUUCUGGAUGAACAGCGUUUGUUGACUCACAAGCGCCGUCAUGGUCAGAUGCCGUAUCCUUGCCCGGAACCAGGUUGUGAUCGUGGCUAUAGCCACAAGCAUACAUUAACGCUGCAUAUGCGAAAAUGCCACCAGCUGGGCAAAGAGCAUAAAUCGCAUAUUUGCGAAUUCUGUGGCAAGGUCUUUGACACCAUGUCGCAGCUAAGGAAUCAUCGCUUUACUCACAAGGAGAAAUCAGAGCUACCUUACGCCUGCGAGGAGCCCAAUUGUGACCGACGCUUCUCCAGCAAGCAGCUGCUCAAAGUGCACAUGAUGCGGCAUGCGGGCAUCAAGAACUACACUUGCUCCUUCUGUGGUGUGCAGAAGACAACGCGCACUGAGCUCAAGAUACAUCUCAACUAUCACACACUGGAACGCACCUAUAGCUGCCGCUUCUGCUCCAAGGUUUGCUACAGUUCCAGUAAUCUCAACAAGCACAUGCGCACGGUGCAUGAGCGGGCAAGGAACUACGCCUGUAGCUACUGCGACAGCACCUUCACCCAGCAGGCCAUAUGCAAGCAACACGAGUUAAUUCACACUGGAGAGAAACCUCAUCAGUGUGGCGAAUGCGGCAGGUGCUUUAGACAAAAGGCCGCGUUGCGUACACACUACAAGAUCCACAGACGAAAGUUGAAGGAAAUGAAUAUGACAACGAUUUCAAUUGAAUCGGCAGCUGAUGAUGAAUAUUGUGAAGUGAUUGGGGAAGAAAUUGUGAUUGACAAAGCAAUGUAGAACUAUUAGCAUUUAAGAUGUAGAUUAUCAUAUCAGCUAUUGCAAAAUUGAAUUUACAUUCGAAACAUAAUUGCUCAAUGGCCUUAUACAAAUUGAACCCAAAAGCAAGCAUUAUUUUGAAGAUUGAAGUUAAAUGUAACGACGUAGCUAUUCGUAUUCAUACGCCUUAUAUUUUAUUUAUUUGUAUUAUUAUUAACAUAUCAGUAGCAAGUACACUUAGUUACACCUUAUUUAAAUUGGUCAAACGAAUGUAUUACAAACCUAGGCUGAGCGCUAUUAAGAAUGAAAUUAGAUAUGGACGUUGCAGGACUUUUGUGCCCGUGUUAAAUUUGUAUACGAUUAAGUUCAGUGGUUUAAGAAAAUGAAUACUGUUUGCUUAUAAUCUAACUUUCUCUUAUGCUGAAACAAUAUCGUA